AAUGUGUCCAGUGUGUCCCCUUGGUUUGUCCUUGACUAUAGAUGGAUUAGUGUUUAGAGAAAACCAGACAGAGAAACAUGUUCCUCAACUUUAGUUUGUGCUGUUUCCUGCUUGCACAGCUGUCCCAUCAGACUACAGCUGCUGAAUGUGCAGGCUCUAAAUAUGUGAAAAAGUGGACUCUAUGGGCAUCACCUGGAACUGGUUUAGCAGCCACAAUAACUGUGCCGGUAACUCAGGAUGAGGAUGGCUGGGUGGUAGAGUUGAAUUUUAACAAAAACUUUACAAAGCUACAAUUCUUCAAUGGAUUGACAGAGGUCUCUGAAGGGUCUGUUUUCCAAGUUAGCAAUGAGUCCUGGUCUGGAAGGAAAAAAGCUGGAGACACCAUUGCAUUUAGUCUUCUAGGAGAUUGCAAGAAUGAUAACGCUGAAACUCCAAUAGCUCUCACAUCAAUUCUAUUUAAUGGUGUUGAUCUGUGUACAACUAGCUGAACCACUACACUGUUAAAGUUUAUUUAUAUAGCUGAGUCUAAUAUUGCCUAUAUAUCGUUAAUGUUUAGUCUAUUCUUGUCUAAAUAUCGUUAAUGUUUAGUCUAAUAUUGUCUAUAUAUUUAGUCUAAUCUUGUCUAAAUAUCGUUAAUGUUUAGUCUAAUCUUGUCUAAAUAUUGUUAAUGUUUAGUCUAAUAUUGUCUAUAUAUAGUUAAUGUUUAGUCUAAUCUUGUCAAAAUAUCGAUAAUGUUCAGUCUAAUCUUGUCUAUAUAUCGUUAAUGUUUAGUCUAAUAUUGUCUAUAUAUCGUUAAUGUUUAGUCUAAUAUUGUCUAUAUAUCGUUAAUGUUUAGUCU